UUGUUUACUUUUUUCGCUUUGCUGUUGCUCGACUCUAAAGAGUCCAGCUUUUUCGAAAUUCGUGUGACCUUUUCCAUAAAAAUUGUCUUUAAUAAAAAAUUGUCUCAUAAAUUCUUUCGUUCAGAAAAUCCUUUUAUUCGAACAAAUAUAAAAAUUUUACAACCUGUUCCUCAAAGAAUAAGUGGGAAACUAUUAGACAUGUCUAAUAUGAGUUUUAUUGAAGAAUCAGAAAUCACUUCGAACUUACCAGUACAAGAAGUGCAGGACGAACCUGACACUGGUUUUAAAAAUAGCCUUGACAGACUUACUCUAGACACGUUGAGAGUUCUAUGUAAUGCAGAAGGUUUAUCUAGUUCAGGGGCAAAAAAGGAACUGGUAGAAAGAUUUGCUGCAAAAACAUCAAAUAAAAUACGAGGUAAAUUACCAGAAUCAAUUGAUGUUGUACAAAAUAGUGACGAACGAAGAUACCAA